AUGGGCGGCGGUUACUCACGAGUCGACAUUCCCGAGGCAGCGGGCGGCGCGGAAGCUCCGACCAAGGUACGCGUGCCGCAGAUCCGCGCAGUGGUAGAAGCGGUCGACGCGGGGCGAGGGGAUGAGAGGGGCGCGUAUCUAGGGGCGGGCAACAGCGGGACGCUGAUGGUUGGAAUUGACGCCGUAUUCGCCGCGGCGCUUGCGGCAGGGAAUGGGGCGCGCUGCGCGUUGCCGGGGGAUGCGGAGCAGGCGCAGCGCAAGGCGGGGGGGACGUGCGGGCGCGUGGUGUGCUGCUCGCUGUGCGUGCUGCUGCUGCUGCUCGCCGUCGCCGUCGCCGCCUCCGUUUCCGUCUUCGUGCUGUACCAGCCCAGGGCGCCCCAGUUCUCAGUGGGGGGCAUCGCCAUCUCACAACUCGCACUCACACCGCUGCUGCCGCCCUCCCAGCCGGUUCAGCCACCCCUGCUGCCAGCCGCCGCCCCUUCCUCCUUGCCCACUCUUCCAAUUCCUGGGAACGUUCCCCCUCCUGCCAACAUGUCUGUGCCCGUCAACGUCCCUCUCCUUGCAAACAUGUCUCUCCCUGGCAACAUGUCGCUGCCGUCCUUGACUGGCCCGCUGCCCACCAACCUCACUCUCAACACCGCUCAGCUCGCUGCGGCCGUCAAAGCUGCAGCCACUGCUACCACCCUCCCUGCCAACUCCACCCACCCCGCCUCCCCUGCUGCUGCUGCCGCCGCUGCCGCCACCUCUAAAUACCUAUCCCCGCUCGCCUCAUCCCCGUUAUUAACAUCUCCACUUCUUGCCAAUGCGAACAUCACGAUCCACACGCCGAGCGGCAUGACUCUACUGGGGCUGCUGGCAGCGCGGGAGGCGGAGCUGGAUGCAGAGCUGAAUGUGACGGUGGUGGCGGGCAACAGCAACCACGUGGGCAUCUCCUACGAGUACGUCACCAUCACCGCUCGCCACCUCGGCUCCGACGUCGGCAAUGCUUCGAUCCCGGCGUUCCACCAGCCACCGCGCAGCAACACCACGGUGGAGGGGCACGUGCACCUCACCCGCCUGCCCCUGCACCUCCUGCCACCGCCCUCCUCCUCCUCACCCCUCUCCGCUUCCACACUCUCCCGUGACGCCCUCUCUGCCCAGUCCACUCUGCCGCUACAGCUGGCAAUAGAGGCGAGAGCCAACGUGGACGUUUAUAAUAUCAGAACUCCUUAUGUCACGUUUCGAAAUCAUGCUUCUCUCGCACCAGUAUCCUGGUCGCACCCCUUCCUCCUCUUCUGCAGUCUCUCCGUCUUUUGUCGGCUCAUCUGUUUGCCACUCUUCCUCCCCUCUCUUUCCUUCUUCCUCGUCCCCCCUCCCGACAACCCUUCUCCGCACGGCGAAUCGCCGUCCUCUCAUGCCGCCAGUCCGCCCUCUCAGCACGCCCCUCCCGCUAGCCAACGGUCCCAGCAGCAACGACACGCGCGCGGCAGCAUGGGGGGCAGCGAGGAGCGGCGACAGCAGGAGGGGACGGGCGAGGGGCGGAUGGGGUGGCUGUCGGCUGUGGCGAUCGGCGCUAUCACUCCCGGCCUCAACCGCCCCACACUGGUGCUCAUGAACGCCAUCCUGGGCGGGCUGCUGCUCUCCUUCGCCGCUCUGCUGCCCGCCGCCCUCCACUACUCCCGCCCCCCUGCAGGGGACAGCGGCAGCAGCGGGAGCAGCAGCAGUGGCAGUGGCAGCGCGGUGGAGGGCGGCAGCAGUGAGAUGCUGUAUCACGUGCUCUUCCUGCUGCUGCUCACUCUCCUGCUCAUUGCUCUGCUCAACUGGUUGGCGUGGGAGGUGGGCACGGUGUCUGCCGAUUCACAGGCACGGCAGCUGCUGGCACCUGCUGGCAGCAGCCAUGGUGCUGCUGACGCUCACAAUGCCAUCGAGGCACUGGAUGCCCAGGAGGGUGCAAGCGGGCUGAGAGGAGUGCACGGCAAGAGACAGAAGAAGAAGCAUCAGAGCACCAAGCGGAGCUCCAAGGGAAGGCGCUGA